UGUCAACUACUGAUACCCGCAAUUCAGAAAUAACUUUACUAUCGAGCAGUACUACAAUAUUUUAUUGUUGUCGAAACAAUGCUGUUCAUUGUUGUUGUAUUGAGUAUAAUGUGUACAAUAAUUUAUUUUAUUUGGAAUUAUUAUUUUAUGUUUCCUUUUUGGACAAUGAAAUCGUUACCCGGUCCAAUACGACUACCACUUAUCGGUAGUUCAUAUAUUUUUCUACAGAAAGGUUAUUUUGAUGCUGUGGAUUACUUUUUCAAAAAAUGGUCAUCUUCGUUCCAAAUAUGGGUUGGUUCAAAUUUAAUAAUCAUGAUGUAUGAACCAAAUCAAGUCAAGACUGUUUUAAAAAGUCGCUUUUGUUUAAAUAAACAUAAGGGAUAUAAAAUUUACAAACCAAUAUUUGGCACAGGAUUAGUAACGAUUUCUGGAGACAUGUGGACUAAAAAUCGGAAAACGAUAGCUCCAGCUUUCAAUACAAGCAUGUUGCAUAAUUAUUUUGAUACCUUUGUUCAAGAAUCUUUAACGUUCAUUGAAGAAUUAAAAACAAUUAGUGGAAAAAAAGUUAUUUUUUUUGAACAUAUACAAAAAUGUGCUUUAAGAAUUUCAAUUGACACUAUGUGUGGCAUUAAACUGGACACAAAUACAAUCAACGAAAGUUUGAAAUUUGUUAACAGUGGAAAUAACAUAGUACGAUAUAAAUUACACAACUUAAUCAUGUCUUCUGAUUUUCUAUUUAAUUUCACUUCUAUUGCACAAGUACAGCGAAAUGUUGUAGCCUUUGCGGAAUCGUUUUCUGAUAAGGUUAUACAGCAAUGGACAAGUAAAAUGAAUACAACAACCGCUAACAGUGACACAGCUCAUAACAGGUUUCUUGAUAUUUUAAUGAGUUCGUCUCAUAACAAACAAUUCACGCAAAAGGACAUUCACUUCAAUAUAAUUACAAUGAUGCUAGCGUCCCAUGCUUCCACGGCCGCUACAAUAAAUUUUGUGAUUUUUAUGUUAGCAAUUUUCCCAGAAAUACAAGAGAAAGUAUAUAAAGAAUUGUUAGAAAUUUAUGGCACAAAAACUCCAAAGGAUACACCAAUUAAAUAUGAAGAUUUAGAACAUAUGCAUUAUUUGACUUGCGUUAUUAAGGAAACUCUAAGACUUUUUCCCACUUUUCCUAUAAUUGGACGAUAUCUAGAGGCAGACUUAAAAAUAGGAAAUAAUGUUGUUCCAAAAGGUACCAAUAUUGGUAUAUCAAUUUUCCAAAUGCAUCGAGACGAAACAUAUUGGCCGAAUCCAUUAAAAUUUGAUCCAGAGAGAUUUCUUCCGCAAAACUUACAAAAUUCUCAAUUAUUUUGUUACAUGCCUUUUAGUAGCGGGCCAAGAAAUUGCAUAGCUGAAAAAUACGCAAUGAUAAAAAUGAAGGUUAUUCUGGCAACGUUAAUAAGAACGUUUGUUUUUAAAGUAAGUGAAACCGACAAAAUUGAGAUCGACAAAAUUAAAUUAGACAUGAAUGUAGAAUUAAUCACCGUAGAGCCAUUAAAAAUUAUAGUCGAGAAACGAAAUCUAUAACGUACAAAAGUGUUGAACAAAGAAGAACAUAUAAUAUCCGAAA